CGAGGCUAUGCCACCAGCUGAUUCAGAGAUCAGUGCUCUACCAGUAUGUACGAUUCCGGAUAUGGUUCGUGGAUUAAGUUUGUACGGCGAGUGACAGCACAUCAGCCCAUGUCCGUCCCCAUCAUACUACUAACAGUAUGCACGUAGUUUUCCAUAAGAGUAGUUGGCCGAUGCUAGAAAAUAUGGUAGAAUGCUCCGGGAACGGGACACGGCAAAUAACUGGCCGUCAUCGAGCCGAAGAUUCCGCCAUUAAUUCGGCGGAAGAGUUUGUAUGUACUUGUACUUGUAAAGUACGGAGUGAUGGGCGUGAUGCUAUUUCUAUCCUUGUCAUAAUAUCCCUUUUACCUUUUAUUUAUUUUUAUAUCGGUCUCGUCAUUCUGCAGAUGUACUGCUACUCUACGUCUACUUAAGGUAGAGGCUGAUAGAGGUGAUGUCAUGGCAGAAAGAAGCGUAUCAGCAAAGAUGGUAAUACUGGUAAUACAGGUGCUGGUAAAUGCGGGGCAGUAUCUGACCAAUGGAACGACAUGUUAUCCAAACCAUGGUGAUGCUGAACCAGGUCGAUCACUUGCCACAUAUCCUAAAAAGCAAAGAAGUGCUGAUUGUAUUAGAUCUGAGAUGAUUUGCAUGGUAUGGUUUACAGGGGGAAAUAUACGAAAUGUAUCGCAGUAGGCAUCUUUAGAUUUCGAUAGAACGGCAAAAUGCAAACAUGGUUAGGCUUGGUAAGUUUGCCAAGUGCCCCUUAAUACCGAGGAUAUGAUAGGUCAGUUAGCGAGAAAAUG